AUGGAACAUCCAUUGUCAUUCCUGCUGGAUCUGCCAGGUCCGCCGGCUGGUGCUUCCCUCGGUGAGUAUAUGGCAUCCCAGGUGACCGACAAUGGUCGUGUGAAGACACUUCUGGAUUGUUUGCCUUCGACAAACAAGCGAGCCCUCAUAUCUCCAGAUCUCUCGCGUCCGCCUUUGACGCAUCGAAUGCUUAAGCAAUUCGUUGCGUCUUUCACAGUACCAAACAGUGCGCAUCUCAAGCCUCUCGCUGAAAACAACCGUGUUAUGAUGGCUCUUCCCACCGGGCCUGAAAAUGCGCUUGCCCUCCUUUGUAUUGCUUGUUAUUUUAACUGUGCACCUGUUAAUGCCAGCUGUACGGCUGAGGAGCUGCGUGAUGAUGCAUUGCGACUCGGUGCGCGUGCCGUUAUCUCGACCGCGGAUUCCAUUCAGCGUCUUGAAUUGGAUCGCUUGUACAGUCAAUAUGGGAUCGAGAUUCUCCUCGUCGAACCGCGUCCCUCGGGCCCGGCUGGUCUUUUCGACAUUUCUUUGAUGGGCGAUGAACAACCUGGCUCGCGUCAACGUGGCCCGCCGAAGCCAAAUGGUCUAAUGAAUCAAGCUUUGGUUUUGCACACAUCCGGCACGUCCGGGAAAAAGAAGGUUGUGCCGUACACGUUGCGGCACCUAAUUGUCGGCGCUUGCUGUGUUAUUCAAAGUUGGAACCUUCACUCAAAGCAAGUAGACAUGAACAUGAUGCCUCUUUUCCACGUUGGUGGUAUCGUUCGGAACCUAUGGGCGCCCGUGCUCUCGGGCGGUAGUACAAUUCUUUGUGCCGGCUUCGAUCCGAAUGCUUGGUGGACGUUAACAAUGCAGUUGGGUGCUACGUGGUACUACGCUGCACCCACUAUGCAUCAUGCUAUUCUGGCUUCGAAGCCUGCAGAUGUUGACCCUUCUACGCAGCUCCAGAUCGGUAUGAUUUGCAAUGCUGCUGGUGGUCUUUUGCCUUCGCUUGCCAAUGAACUUCGCGCUACGUUCAACUGUGCCGUGUUGCCUUCUUACGGCAUGACAGAAUGCAUGCCUAUUGCAUCUCCACCUGUCACAUACAAACUCGAGCGACCUGGUUGCUCGGGUGUUGCAUGCGGACCGGAUUUGAGUAUUCGUGACCAGCUUGACAUCAAUAAGGAGUUGGAACGCGGACAAACCGGCGCGAUCUGUGUUCGUGGAGUUCCAACGUUUAGUGGCUAUGAAAUGGAAAAUGGCGAACUUGAUACGUCUGUCUUCUCGAAGGAUGGCUGGUUUGAUUCUGGUGAUUGUGGUCACAUGGACCAAGACGGCUACUUGUACAUCACAGGUCGUUCAAAAGAAAUUAUCAACAAGGGUGGUGAAGUUGUAUCGCCCUUCGAGGUGGAAGAGGCUAUUUCACAAGCCUGCAAGGAACGUGUAAAGCAGACUUUAGCUUUUUCGGUUGAGCACAAAGUACUCCAAGAAACAAUCGGUGUGGUAAUUGUACCCAAGCCGGGACAACCACGUAUCGGUUUAGUUGAACUGCAGAAUUUGCUUCGCAAUUACUUGCACCCAUCUAAGUGGCCAUUCGUCAUUGUUUACAUGGAUGAUCUUCCAAAGAAUCAGGCUGGUAAACCUCUGCGUAUCAAGCUCGGCUCUCGUCUGGGCAUUACGGGCAUGUCAGACGAUGUGCCAGCUUUGGACAGGCACUUUGAGUCAAAGGCGCCGUCAAAGGAAACGCCUUUGUCGCGCCCGAUUGCGUGCUCCCGUGUGACUGUUGAUUCUCGUGCCGUACAGCGUGCGUGCUAUCGAAUUCCUGGUGUGCUCGAUGCAGCGGUUGCUCAACAACGUGACCGGUCGCUUAUGGCCUAUAUUCAGGUUUCGGAGGAUGCUGAAUUUGAUGCAGCUGAUAUUGACCGUGCACUGAGUCAAAUUCUGCAUGGCUACGCUGUGCCGAAUCCAUUGCAUGUAUUCCGUCAGCCACUUAUAAAAACGAACGGCGAGUACGACUUUGCGGCUAUGGAAAGUAUAGUGCGCGAGCAAAAUGCCGCUUCGAUGUCGCAGACUUCGAUCUUGGUCAGCCAGAUCAUUGGAAAUCUUUUGGAUCUUGAUCCCAGUUCUAUCACAGAUGAGUCGGACUUUUUCCUCCUGGGUGGUAACAGUUUGCUGCUUGGUCGUCUCAUCUUCAUGAUCCGAAAAGAAACCGGUGUGAGCCUGGAGGUGUCGUCGUUGUUUGUUAAUUCGACCGUGGCAAAGAUCGCCGCCCUCAUUGAUGAGCAAAGUGGGUCUGGUGGGGGCUCGGACCCGGACGAUUUCUACAAGUUAGACGAGAAAGGUGCUGGUCUGUAUUCGUCUUUCAAUCUUGCGCACACCUACGACGACUCAGACCCGGCGUUUUCUUCUCACGGUUACAAAGGUCGCAGCCAAACCCAUCCUCUGGUUAUCUUUGUGCAGCUUCUUCCUUUCUUGUUCUUUUACCCGCUGAAGGCUGCUUGGACUUGGACGAUCAUUCUGCAUGGUUUGGCCUUCUUUGCAUACUACAUUGAGGACUCGUUCUGGCAACGGAUUGGUGCUCUGUUGUGCUCAAUCGCUAUUGCACGUGUGUCGAGUCGUGUUAUUUGUCCCAUUGGUGCAAUCCUGUUCAAAUGGGUGGUGAUUGGUCGGUUCCGGCCGGGCAAGUAUCCAAUGUGGAGUAAUUACCAUCUGCGGUGGUGGAUCGUGAACCAGUCAAUUCGUACAAGUGGUCGUGGUGUUUUUGCUUUGUCGCCUUUGCUUCUCAAGAUGUACUUCCGUCUCUUGGGCAUGAAAAUCGGAAGCGGGGUCUACAUUGACUCGAAGACCAAACUUUAUGAACAUGACUUGAUCACUGUGCAUGACCGUGCACAGCUCGACCGCUGUUUGGUGCGUGGAUUCUGUGUGGAGCGUGAUGGAUACUUCCGUUUGGAGCCAGUUGUUAUUGGUCGUGACUGUGUUGUGAAUACCUACACUUAUAUUUCCCCCGGUGCUCGUUUGGUCGAUGGCACUGUGUGGGGACCACAGUCUUCGUCGCAUGAGGCUCCCUCUCCGGAUUCCUAUGCUGCAUUCAACGACGCUUCAGUGCGAGCUCCUCACUUCCUGCUGCGUUUCUUAAUUGGCUGGCCUAUUAUCAUUCUCAUCCGCAUCGUUUCGUAUGUGCCAUGGUAUGCUGCGCUGUUCCUUCUGUUGUCUCAGCCAUUCUCUGUGGCCGACAGUGAUUCGAGCGACUCCCUGCAGACUAUCUUGGCUUGGUACGCGUACCCUCAUCGUAUUGGAUACCACAUUUUUGCGCGUAUUAUCCGAAAAAUCUUCCCGCCGAUGAUCAACUUGGUUCUUGGCAUCAUCGUGAAGCGCAUUUUGGGUCUGAACUCACCGGGUUCCAUGCGCAAUGCGAGUCAGCUCGCGUUAUUCCGUCGUUGGAUGACGGCGCAGCUUUUGAGCCAGUACCGCCUCAAGCGUGCGUUCGAAAUCAUCGGCACACACUACGAAAUGACAUCCGUCGUGUUUCGUGCGAUGGGUGCGAAGAUUGGCAAACGGGUGUACUGGCCGGGCUCGGGUAUCAACUGCCCAGAUCCUGAGUUGCUGGAAAUUGGUGACGAUGUGGUGUUUGGUUCGCGUUCGGAGAUCCUCACGUCAGACUCUAUCAGCUUCGAUCCGAUUCGGAUCAAUCGUGGUGCCAUGAUUGCCGACCGAGUCGUGAUUUUGCCGGGCGCGACCAUUGGUACGCAGUGUGUUAUGGGCUCUGGUGCUCUCGCUCGCCGGAAUGGCAACUAUGAGGACCGCUCUGUAUGGAUGGGUUCAAAGAACGGUGAAGCGGUCAGCUUCGGUAAGUCGCAAGGACCUAGCGAGCUUGGUGAAGACGAUACAAUCACUCCUUUUGGUCGUGCAUACUACAAACGACAGGCCAACUACUUCGUGAUGCCGUAUUUGAUGAUCGUGGCAUUGAAUGUCUUUUUGCAAGCUAUUGCCGCCGCCUACUGGGCAUGUGGAUUUGCUGCAACGGUGGUCGCCAUUAAUAGGAUCGUUGAGGUGUAUCACUCGCGUUCGCAUUGGCUCUUCUAUGACCAUUGGUAUCGCCCAGCAUUCUUGUACUUGGCUAUCAUCAUCUUCUUUGCUGUGAUUCUGCCAGGGCAAGCUAUUAUAUCGCUAGCUUGGGUGGUGGCAACGAAGUGGGCUAUCAUUGGCCGUCGUCGCGAAGGAAAGUAUAAUUGGGAUAUGAGCAGCUACUGUCAGCGUUGGCAAGUCCAUCUUACGUUGCAAAAGCCAGCCAUGCAAGGCUUUGGUGGCCACAUCUUCAACAAUUUGUCUGGCACAGUGUUUGCGGUAUGGUAUCUGCGCUGUCUUGGUGCUCGGAUUGGUAAAGACUGUGCUAUCUGGGCUGGCGGUAAGCCAACAUUGACCCUGACUGAACCGGAUCUUGUGACGAUGGGUGAUCGGGUUUCGAUUGAUGAUUGCUCAGUUGUUGCGCAUAUUAAUUCUCGUGGUCAGUUCAGCUUGAACCGACUUCGCCUUGGAGAUGGCUGUGCUAUGCGCACAGGAAGUCGUCUGUUGUCCGGUGCCAGCAUGGAGUCUCAGUCGAUGUUAUUGGAGCAUACGCUCGUUGCAUCUGGUGAAAUUACGGAAAGUUGGGCGGUGUAUGGAGGAUGGCCUGCUCGCCGCUUGAAUUUGCGUCAAGCACAACCGCCCAAGGCGUAG